UUUUAAGCUUUCUCCUUCCCUUAAAUUGUUUUUUUAAGGAAGUUGUUUUGUAAUAAUUUCUGGUGCAGUUUCAUAACUUUGAAAAGAAAUGGGUAUGACCUUGUGUUUUUCCUAAAGUAGAAAAAUGUGCGGUUGCUGUCAACGUUUGUAACGAAAAAAACGAGAACAGCGGGCAAACAGUCACGGGGUACAUCAUAUUGUUGAGCUAUCACAAGGCUUAAAAAGUAUGACCAUUCUUAAUUUUUAAAACAAUUCUUACUGAGCUUCGCAUAUAUGCUUGUUUUUGAGUAUGGAAUUCUACGACAUCACGUCUCUUGACGAUAUUUCCAACUCCAUGUGGUGUAAGUGUAAUUGCGAAACAGUUAACACAGUGCCUCACAGACCCAUCCCCAUGCCCCCGGCUGUGAACAUUACGAAACCUCAAGAACGAGACGAGCUACGUCAGCAUAUUGGCUACUGGAGAAGGAAUGAAAGUCGUCCAGUUUCAGUUGAAUAGGACCUGCCCAUUCCAAUACACUUAGUUAUGAAACAGGUUACAUUGCAGUGUAUCCACCCUAAUGCUGGUGACCGUGUGUCUGAAAGUUUUGCCAUUUGUAAAGAUUUCGUGGCGUGAAAGAGACCCUGCUGAAAUACGAUACUGUUACUCAUGUGGUUGUCCGUUGUCUUUCGCGCAGGAAAAUGGGUGACGUAGCCAAAGGAAAGAAGGUAUUUGUUCAGAAGUGCGCACAGUGCCAUACGGUCGAAAACGGAGGAAAGCACAAGGUGGGCCCAAACCUGUGGGGCCUUUUCGGUCGUAAGACAGGCCAAGCAGAGGGCUACACUUACACAGACGCCAACAUAUCCAAAGGUAUCAUUUGGAGUGAUGACACAUUGAUGGUCUAUUUGGAAAACCCGAAGAAAUACAUUCCAGGAACGAAGAUGAUUUUCGCGGGCAUCAAGAAGAAGAAGGAACGUAGCGAUCUCGUAGCAUAUCUGAAGGCAUCUACGUCCUAGACCAUUCUGAACAGAGGCCAUUUCAUUUUUGUUCUGUCAUUGUACUUACUUUAAAGAGUAUGAAUAUUUAAAAUGGGAAACGAAGAAUGUACAGAUUUUGGGCAUCGAAAACGCUUAAUGCCAUGUUUGGACAGAAUGUGAUAUUUAAAUGGUGUCGUGGUGACAAGGUAUCACGGUUGACACAUCAGUUCUUCCACGUUGAUCUCAGCCCUUAAGAAGCGAAGUAUAGACGACCCCUGGUUUAACAGGCGGUGUAGGUGGUAAAUUAUUUCAGUAAAGAACGAAGUAUUCCAGAAUAUGUUGAGUUGACCGGUAAUACUCUGUUCCAGAAAUGGCUACAUGUCUUAAAUUUCACUGGUUUUAAGCUAUCAGACACGUCUUUUUAGUUUAUUUAUUAAGACACUGUCAGAUCUACCUCUUCUCUUGACUGUUGUCUUCACAUACUGUCUUAAAAAGCCAUUUUUGAUGUCUUAGUUAUCUGAUUACUGAAAUAAAUUAUUUUUAACAUUC